AAUACAGCCCACUCGAUCGAGCUCCUCUCAGUGUUGGUCUUAACAUCAUAGUCGGUUCUGGCGCACGGGUCACUAGAUCCCCAUCCUGACUUAAAGACGCGACUACACCGGCGAAUCUGGAACCGUCGACAAAACGCCAUUCCAAAAUGUUUGUGAUCUAAAUUGUGAUUUCGAAAAUGUGAUAAACGGGGAUUUCUCGAGGUAAUUUUUUGUGAUAUACCGAAAUUUGACUGAUUUGUGAUAAAAAGACCUUCCGAAGACCCAAAAUAUGGAACCAUACUCCCUCUCAUCGCUCACAAGCUCUCAUAAGCUCACUUUAGGCGAAACAAUAAAAUACACCCUCAUCAUUCUUUUACUGACUGUUCCCUACAUACUUAGUGAUAAUUCCCAUAGUGCUUCAAGAACUAACCCAAAAUCUAGCUUUAACCCUUACGAAAGGACCUCUCCUCCUAGUUGUGGUAGUUGUAAGAACCUAGAGGAUGUUAAGGCUAGGAGUAUAGAGAUGAUAAAAGAGCAAAUCCUCCGGAAAAUCGGAAUGAAGAAGGCUCCUAAUAUAACUGGAAGGGUCUUACCCCAAAUACCUCUUCACGAGCUUGCUAUGAUCGAUCAAGGUCUGGCAGAAAUGCAGAGUGAUCAGCCUGAAUUCAAACCUGGGAUUUCUGUCACUGAAGAAGAGGACGACGAUCAUGCAAGGACAGAAAAAAUGUUUAUUUUCUCGCAGAAACAUCCACGAUUGCGACAUAGUAGGAAAGACCAUGAAAUACUCUACUUUCCACUCCUAGAUAGCACAACAAAAUACAACGUCGCCAAUUCUUCCCUUUACAUUUACAUAGAAGGUCAUGACAGGCACCCUCUGCCUGAGAUAAAUGUUGAAAUUUUCAAAGUGCUUAAGCUACUUAACCAUCCUGAAACAUCGAAGUUGCAAAAGGUUGUCUCCACCACGAUAACGCAGCCUUUCGGAAAGGGAAGCUGGAUACCUUUCGAUCUGACCGAGACCGUGUCCGAGUGGUUCAAGAAUACGAGAGAGAACCACGGAUUCGUGGUCAGGGCGGAGCUUGACGGAAAACAAAUCGCGAUCACAGAUCCGAAUGGGCCUGACAAAGGAAAGAUACCGUACUUGGAGGUCACACCUCAACAGCCCAAAAGCAGGACCAGAAGAAGUUCAGGUCUAAAUUGCGAUGAAAGAUCACAGCAGAACCUCUGUUGUAGAUAUCCCCUCACCGUCAAGUUCGAAAAGAUUGGUUUCGAUUUUAUCUUAGCGCCGAAAAGCUACGAAGCCUUCUACUGUCACGGGGAAUGCCCCUAUCUAACACUACAGAAAAACGCUCAUACCCACAUCGCCACCAUGGCUUCGCCCAACAGCGUUCAGCCGUGCUGUACUCCUCGAAAGAUGAGAAAUAUCACCAUGAUCUACUUUGACCUCCACCUCAAUGUUGUGGUUUCAAAUUUACCUGGGAUGGUUGUGGACAGAUGUGGAUGUUCGUAGAAUAUUUCAUAGCCUGUAUGUAUUAGAAACAAAGUUUGAUGAGAAUAAUUAUCGAACAAAUUUGGUGUUGGAUGUCUUCAGAUAGUCUCGCUAGUAGACCAGGUUGGGCAUUUGUUAGAGUUGUUGGAAGAGUGAAGAAUUGGUUCCAAUAAUGUCGUUUUAUUGAGUUGUUUCUGUGUUUUCGGAAGAACCGCGUUGUGCAGAAUUCCAUUCCAUUCCAAAGAUAAUAAAUCGAGAAUUAGCCUUGCUGAAGAUGAGAUCUUGAAAUUCGUUUCUCUUUCAACAACUCUAUCUUUAUCAACUUCAAGUUAAAAUCCUUCCGCUGUUUUAUUUAUUGAUAUUUAUGUACCCUAAAUCUAGGACCACAAGAAAUGUGUGCUAUAGUUUUGUCUUCAAUAUGAGAUGACAUUCAAUGCACAUAUUGAGCCAAACUUCCACAGAUUGAAACGACAAUAUCGAGUAUUAAAUUUGAAAUCUUUACUUAUAUUUCGAUUUAUCAUGAGGCAAAAACUGGAAUAUGAAGAAAUUAAGAAAUUCAACUUAUAAAGUUAUUAUCUUAUUUGAAGUGCACUGAUACAUGAAAUUUUUUUUACAUUGAAUUAUUUGUCGUCGACUCUUUCGUGAAUGAAGUAAUUUCGUAUUUCUUUUUGAAGAAGUGAAUACAAGAAUGGAAGGCUAUCGUAAAAUGUCACAUAACGUGUUCAGCUUUCCUGGAUUGAAAAAGGUGAAGAAAAAUCUUCAGGUUUUCUGAAAUUGAAUUACUACAAAUCUCCAUAAUUGAAAGAUGAAUUGAAUGAAAUAUUAUUUUAUUCUGGCAGGAAAUCAUCUCAGCUUAUUGAUCAAAACAGAAUAAAAAUUCAAAUCCAUGCUUUUCUAUUUUAUUGAAUAAUAUAUUCUUGACUACUGAGAAACUUAGGUUAAACAGAAUAUUAUUUUUGAUAACAUAAUUAUGCUGAAAUAAUUUCAGUUUUCCUUACUUUCAAACAAUAUUAAUAUCAAUUUAUGAUACUUGCCCUAAUAGAUGUUCAAAAUCAAAUUCGUUCACAUUACUCGAUUUCAAGAAUUACCUACAUACAGAUUCCUAAUGACAAGUUAACAUUUAACUUGAUAUCUGUUGUCACCACAUUUACUUAAUAAAUUUUCUCCGUCACUAAAUAAGUGAGCCCGAUCAUUUUGCCAUACUUGUACAUAAUAUGUAAGUCUUACACAACUUAUGAAAAUCAGCUGUAGUGAAAGCGGAUGAACUUUCUUAUUUAUUUAUCGGUAACCCGAUAAAUAUUGUAAUUAUCAAGGACGUUAAAGAAUUAAACUCAGAUAAUUCGUUACAUUUCCAAAGUUAAAUAUGGAAAUUGAAAUUUGAUCUCAUUAUGAUACAAUUCGGAUUUUAUAUUAUAAUUCAAGGUUUCCUUAUUUUAGUAUUUUUGUCAACGAAUAUUUGGAACAAUUUUCAUAUACUGAAUUUUCGUUUAUAAUCAAAAACGGGAAAAAAUUCGACUAUUUCAGUUCGAUAAAAAUUGGAAUUUCAGGUAUUACCUGUUGAAUAAACAAUUUUUUUCAAUGUUUUAAAAUUGGUUUUUUUCAAUUAUUUAUCUGUAUAUGUUUUAUGGUUUUAUUAUUCAUUACUCACAUAACAAAGUUCAUCCUGUAAUGUAUAUAUGUAUAAAUGUGAUACCUUAGCCAUUAAGUACCUCUAAAUAAUAUUUAUUUUUUUAAAGUCUAGGAGAUAUAAUCAAAGUCAGAAUUGAAUGUAUGUUUUUUGAGAACAGUGCUUCGAUGUAUUGCACGGAAAAAUAAAAAUGAAAUUUCAACAUAUUUUGAAUCUGAUCGAAUAGCAUGUUGUGAUAAAUUGCCUUCAUUGGACUAUUUUUGUAGAAAUUUUGAGGUUUGUGAUACUUUUAAAGUGAUGAGAACAAGAAUUUAGAUUAAAUUUCAUGGCCUGGAAUACUGAGGAAAUCAUGAACCGUAAGUUAAGUGUGUAAAAUAAUAUAUGUAUAUACGAAGACUGCGAUUUGUCAUCUUAGGAUCUCUUGAAAACGACAUAUUCAAAAAUUUAUUAUUGUAAUUUUUUGAUAUUUGUGAAUUUGUCACUUUCUUUACAUCUUUAACUAUUUUUUGAAUAUGUUCGUUCUGUAUACUUUUCAUUAUGAGCAUUAAACUGAUUGUUUUCAAUGAAAAUAUUGAUUAAAUUCUUUGAGCUUUCCUAUUUUUCAAGCAAUAUUCAUAAAUGUUUUAACUAAUAUUUAGUUUUUAUUUUAUUCAAGUGAAUAUUGCUUAGUUUUAAGUAUUGCUUUUUUAUUUUGUGAAACAAAUUUAUAUACCUAAGUAGUUCAUCAGAUUUCAUAAAUAAAGAGGAUUCCAUA